CAAUGUGGGCGGGGCCCAGUCUUCCUGACGCUGUGGGGGGCGGGACUGUGACUCCGACAGGAAACCGACAGAAAGAUGGCUGCAAUCAGAAAGAAACUAGUGAUAGUUGGUGAUGGAGCCUGCGGCAAAACCUGUCUCCUCAUAGUGUUCAGCAAAGAUCAGUUCCCUGAGGUCUAUGUGCCCACUGUGUUUGAAAACUAUGUGGCAGAUAUUGAGGUGGAUGGUAAACAGGUGGAGCUGGCUCUGUGGGACACAGCGGGACAGGAGGACUACGACCGACUGAGGCCUCUCUCCUAUCCAGACACAGAUGUCAUUCUCAUGUGUUUCUCCAUCGACAGCCCUGACAGCCUCGAGAACAUUCCAGAGAAGUGGACUCCUGAGGUCAAACACUUCUGUCCCAAUGUGCCUAUAAUUCUGGUGGGAAACAAGAAAGACCUGCGGAAUGAUGAACACACACGUCGAGAGUUAGCUAAAAUGAAACAGGAACCAGUGAAGUCGGAUGAGGCGAGGGACAUGGCUAACCGGAUCAAUGCCUUUGGUUACUUGGAGUGCUCGGCCAAGACGAAGGAUGGUGUUAGGGAGGUGUUUGAAAUGGCCACCAGGGCAGCACUGCAGGCCAAGAGACGAGGCAAGAAAAGCGGCUGCUGCCUUUUAUAGAGUGUCAGGUAACGCAGGAUCAGGAGGGAAAUAAACAUCCAAGAAAAACAUCCCUGUGCCUGUUUUCACCAAGGUGGGCACAGUUGACUGGGGAGUUGUAGGGAUGAAAAAGGAAGGUCAAAUGCUAUGGAAAAGGCGAAUACAUGUAUAUACAUUUAAGUUCGACAUUAUAGCUUUUAGCUUUCAAAUAAGAAAUAUUGUAAUCUCGAGUUUAGGAUUCCAUAAACCUGAAAUUAAGAGAACAUGACGAGAAGGGAACAUCUCUCCUACUCAUACUCCAGUACAGUAAUCAGACUUAUGCCUGCCUACCGAACUGUUGGAAGACUUCCAUGGCUUGCAGUGUGACUGUGCUUGUCUUUCAUUCUGUAUGUUUUUCACUCUCCUUAAUUUCCAAAGUUAGAACUUUAUUUAAACCCGCUUUUCUUUUCUAUGAACCUGUAAUACUUCAUACAAUUUCCCAUUCAAAUGCAGAGUUUGAUUAUUUGCAGUUAAGUAUAAAUACAUAAUGAGACCAACUUAUGAGUGUUUUAUACCUGCUUUUUAAUUAACACAAGUUGAUUGAGUUAACUUGGCCUUAAAGUGACAAACUGUGAUUGAAAUAAAUCAGAGUGUACUGUCAAACACGCUGUAUACGGGUGGGUAUUAAAGGGUUAAUAAAAUGUUAUUGCCCUUUGGACAGUUACUGUAAAUUCUGAAAUAGUAACAGCCCUUAAUUUAUAACUGCUACAGGGGGGCAGAGCCUUUUUUUAAACAAGCUGAAAAGACUUGAUUCCUUGAUUUCCCCAGUUUUCUGAGAUUAUUUCAUAAUUUAGUAAAAAUCCUCCCAAUUUUAUCAUGUGAUCACUUUUAAUUUGCUGUUAAUGCAAACUGAACACUGUCUACCUGACAAAUUCAGUAUAAUGUACAUUUCUAUUGCACAGUAUCCUUUACUACACAGUUGUGUAGUGUAGUUUCUUCCUUCAAAAUAAAUACUGUUUUCAGUUAGUUUUUGUAAAAUUACUUUACCAAUAUUUGACAUCAGUAAGGUAAUAGGAUGAAUUGCUUGCUGCCAGUUUGCUUUUAACGUGAAACAUUUGCACAGGACUUGAGUCACUUGUGGAAGUGAGUGAAAACAGUGUUUGUGUUGAAGAAGUGACGCUCAGAGGAUAGUUGAUGGAAUCAGUGCCAUGGGACUGUCAGCUAUAGUGAAUGUUCAUCUGCAACACACAGUAAUUCCACACCUCAGUGUUUUAACCCUUCUUUUGUUCUCUGGAUGUUAGACAUUGACAGGGUUCCCCCUCUGCCAGUUCACUCAUGUUUACAGCUGUUAUUUUUCUGCUCAGUUGUAUGUUAUGUUAUGUUCACUUUGUGAUAUUCUACUGGUUUUUGUUGUAUUAUUUGCACACAGCUAAAAUCAAGAGGUCGGUGUGGUAAACACUUGGAAAAUAUAUGAUGUCAGAUUAUAAAAUACAAAAUGCAAGCAACUCCUUAAGGAUCGGUCAUUUGUAAUAUUCUUUUGUAUACAAAUGUAUCCUGACAUUUCUCCAGUCGCCUUUUGUAACGUAUUCUAAAGGAAAUAAAUUGUAACCGAGAAUGACCAAA